AUGACAAGCCCCGAGAACGAGGGAGCUCUGAUGGCACCGAACCAAUCCUUCUACGCAGACGCUGCAACUUCCAGCAUCUUCACCAUGAUCCCCUCCUCCGUCCGCUCACGCAUACCCAUUAUGUCCUCCAUCCGAGCUUCUGCCAAAGCAGCUAUGCUUACAAGAACCCUGAGCUCUCGACGAAAAGCCUACACGCUAUCGAGUCUUGAUGAGUCUAUGGAAGGACAAAGUGUGGGCUUCGCAUCUACUGCUCCCAAUAGUGGAGUGAGCACUCCAACCAUGAGACCACAAACUCCUGAAAAUGGUAUCCGCACCCAAGACUUGAGCCUUGCAACGCUCUCACAAUCAGAAACGCAAUCAGGUGUUAAUUGGGAUGUCGCAGCGACCGGAAUUCGGUUAUGGAUAACCGCCAAAGCCCAAGCGGAACAGUCGGGAGAUUCCGCUGCCUUGCGAAGUAUGCAUAUUGAUGCAAUGCGAUACAUGAACAUGGCUCUACCACAAGACUUGACGCCACUUGAGAUCGAAUGCCUGCGUGCUAGUAUGUCGCCUGCUCUCUUUCAGGUUGGUAUACAGAGUCAGAACCAGGAGGUCCAACCUCGAAGAUCACCCAGUAUCCUACGAAAAGCAGUUGCUCAAAUGGUUUGUUGGCUCUUUGCCGUUUUUUUGCUCAUUGUACCGGUGUUCAUGAAUCUCCUCAACCGAGUGGUCCAGUUUGAGCGACAACACCAGAUGACAGAAAAAAUAUUAUCUGGCAGCUUUGAUCUUGGAUCUUGUUUGGGGGAACCUGGAUCACAACUGCAGCGGUCAUUCCUUCGAUUCAAAGAUAGCCCACUGGGCGAGUCCUGUGUCAAUGCAGGAGUGUGGGUGGCAGAAGGCUUGAUUGGUGGGGUCAAUGAUGGGAUGAAUGCUGUUGCGCAUGGGCGUGCGGUUGUGAUUGCGUAG